GCAGAAGGUUAGCCUGUGCUCCACUCACGGGAUAACUCUUUUGUCCUCCUUCGCCGAAUAUUUCUAGAUAUUGAUAUAUGCCUCAUGUAAACAGAUGGGGCUCAACACCAAGAUCUUGUUCGCCUUCUCCCUCGUCACAAAUAAGAUUCUCACAUCUUCUCACUACACCAACUAUACAUUGGAAGAUGACAAGGUUUGCCCCGUGAUGCCUGGUCCACCGAAGGAACUGAGUGUUGGCAAGGACAAUCGAUCUGCAAUUAUUAUUAAGGACACCCAGUAUUUCAAGAAUUGGUUUGGACGAUGGGAUUUUGAAUGUAGAUUCAUCGUAAAGACAAAGGAUCGCAUGGGACUGUUUGCAGUCAUACAGAAAAUGUCCUUCCGAAGGGACAUAGAAAAUGAUGCUUGCAUAGACUAUGUUCAGUUCCGGUCUGUACCGAAGAAGAAACACAUAUUCUCAUUGUUUCAUCGUGAGGAACGAGAAAAUAACAAGUGGAGCAAAAAAUACUGUGGCCAACUUCAUCAGUACGAAAGCAUUGUUAAAGAUGAACCUCCGCCGACCUCUCAGGUUGCCUUCAAUGCUUAUAUUUCAAAGGAGGGUGAAAUCGAGGUGCAAAUACAUGUCUCUAAUCGCAAACUUGAACGUAAUUUUUCAAUUGAGAUUGAGAUGGCCUUCACUUCCUACAUGGAUUGUUCUGUUGCUCCAUCAACAUACAAAACUUGUGGUGAUGGGUAUUGUAUCCACAAGGACUACUUUUCGGACAAUGUGGUCAAUUGUCCAUUCAUUUCUUGUAAGGAUGAGCCCAACUGUCCGAAAUUUGUUUAUGAUCCAACUGAAUUUGAGAAGGGCCUGGAUACUAAAGUCUAUGUUACAGCAGUCACUUCCAUCUUCCUGUCGUUCUUCCUAUUUCUUGGGUGCAUCAUGCUUUGUAGGUACUUUGAUAUGCUCUGUUGGUCAGAAGCUGCCCCACAAGAUCACCAUCGGGCAGGCACGGAGCUCGAACAGGUGAGCCCGACGGCACCGCCUCCUGAGUCUCCAGACAAAGACCUCCCACCUGCGUAUGAAACCCUGUUCCCUGAAAGGUAGUUCCAGCCAUUGUGUGCUCAAUGGUUCAGCCAGCCAGCCGCUAAUGCUACUAACGUGUCACGGGUCUGCAUCUUGCACGUGUAUAGGACUCACUCGAGCUAUACCUUUAUAAUAAGGAAUGUAUCUAAAUUACUGACACUAAAUUCUCUUGUUGGUGGCUUUUUACAUAUAGGUAUAUAUGUAUUUAUAAAGUUUUUAUUAGCUGAUUUGGUUUUUUAAAACAAAUGUUAAAUUUAUCAAGAACAGUAAUGUUGGGAAGCUAAACAUGGAUCCAUUCCAUGUGAAAUAUUUGUCUUCAUAUAAUAUCAAUCUAUCGUUUCCGGUUUUCCGUUUUUUAAUUUUCUAUUUCUUCUCUU